GUUUAGUCUUAAGCAAAAUUAUCGCACGGCACUGCUAUGCCUGAUUUGUGAGAAUUGAGGAUAGAAUCAUGUGUGUGAUAGCUAGUUUCGAUUUUUUAAUUUACUCAAUUUCAAUGGUGUGGAACAGUCGUCUCGUCGGUGCCACGAGUGCCGACGAAGGAUAUAUAGGAUGACUAUUGGCAUGGAAGGAGGAGAAGAGUUGUCAAUGGAGCUGGGGAACGCCCAUGGCAUCCCUCAUGUCCUCAUGGUGUCCUUCGCCGGGCAAGGCCACCUCAACCCGCUGCUCCGCCUCGCCAAGCGCAUCGCCGCCAAGGGUCUCCUCGUCACUCUCUGUUCCACCCACGACAUCCGCCACCGCAUGGUCAAUUCCGAUUCCGGCGCCGCCGCCUCCGACCUCGGGGCACCCAAGCCCGUGGGCCGCGGCUUCAUCCGCUUCGAGUUUUUCUCCGACGGGCUUCCCGUCGACGACGCCCGCCGCAAGGACCUCGACGUGCUCAUGCCCGCGGUGCGCGUGACCGGCCCGCGGGCCGUCGCCGGCAUCAUUCGCCGUCACGCCGAGGCCGGCCGCCCUGUCUCGUGCGUCAUCAACAACCCGUUCGUGCCGUGGGCGCUCGACGUGGCGGCGGAGAUGGGGAUACCCGGAGGGGUGCUCUGGGUCCAAUCCGCCGCCGUGUUCGCCACUUACUACUACUACCACCGCGGGCUGGGGAAGUUCCCCACCGAGGAGAACCCCGACGUGGCGGUGGUGCGCCUCCCCGGUCUCCCGCAGCUGAAGAAGGAGGAGCUGCCCACUUUCCUGCUGCCGACGUCGGAGUACAAGCCGCUGCGGGAGGUAAUCUUGGAGCAGUUUAGGAACAUCAACAAGGCGGCGUGGGUGUUCGCGAACACAUUCCACGAGCUGGAGCGCGAGGCCAUAGAGGCGAUUUCCGACCGUGUUCCGAUCAUCCCGGUCGGGCCGCUGGUGGAGCCUCCAGAGGAGAAAUCUUCGCCGGCCGGUAUCCGAGGCGACCUAUUCAAGGCGGAGGACUGCAUGGAGUGGCUCGACGCGCAGGAACCGCACUCGGUGGUGUACGUCUCCGUGGGCAGCAUCGUGGUGCUGAGCAAAGAAGAGAUGGAGGAGAUGGCGUGGGGGCUCUGCGACUCCCACCGCCCCUUUCUCUGGGUGGUGCGCCGCGACAUGCGCAGCCUCCUCCCGGAAGGCUUCUUGGACGCCGUCGGUGAUCGUGGCCAGGUGAUUGAGUGGAGCCCGCAGGAGGAGGUGCUGGCACAUCCGGCGGUGGCAUGCUUCGUGACGCACUGCGGGUGGAACUCGACGCUGGAGGCCUUGACCGCCGGCGUGCCGAUGAUAACUUACCCACAGUUCGGGGACCAAGUUCCGGACUCCAAGUUCCUGGUGGAGGUAUUCGGCGUCGGGGUGCGGCUAGCAGCACCGGCGACAAGGGAGGAGAUGAAGCGGUGCGUCGAGGCGGUGUCGACGAAGCAGCGAGGGGAGGAGAUCAGGAAGAGGGCGGCGGAGUGGAAGAAGGCGGCGACGGAGGCAGUGGCGGAGGACGGGUCGUCAGACCGCCACAUCCAGGCCUUUGUCGACGAGAUCACCAACAAGAGAUCACUAUCGAUAUAGUCCGAUGAAUCUUUCCACUGGCGAAUGAAAUUAUUACAGUUUGUUAAUGUUUAAAAAUUUUACACAUAAAUUAUAAUUAAUAAAAUAUCUUUAAAACCCUC